CUUCGUAUUCCGCCAGAUGAUUUGUAUACUGUACUAUGGGCCAAUUUCUUGAAAUAUACAAUCAUUUUUAAUUCAUUAUCCCUUGUAGAUAGUUCUUUAUUGGGAGGUUAAGAUUUCAUCAUGAUCAAUUUUGUAAACAACUCAUUUCUAAAUAUUUUCGAAUAACAUAUAGGGCAGUUCAUUAAUGCAUUUGUUGAUUAUGUAUUUAAAACAAUAUAAAGAAUAAUUAUAAUUACAAUGAAUGCAUUCCCGUAUUUUUUGUUUUGUUUUUAGAAACAUUUAAUAGAAAAGGAUUAAGAUGGAAAGUUAUUCAGAAGAUGAAAGAAAUUUUCAAACUCCUGAAUAUCUAAAACCCAAAUUUAAUGGUUUAGAAGGAAAAUACAUUCAUUCUACACCAUUAUCUCAAUCUAAUCCUUAUCCAGUAUUUCAUUCAAUGUUAUCAGGUUUUACAGGAUAUAAAGAUAUAUUAACAGAUGAAAAAACAACACCUCUUUAUAUACCAUUAUCAGAUGAAGGAUAUUCAUCAGUUGGAUCUGGUUCAACUCCAACUGGUUUCUCAAAUAAUUUACCGACAUCUGAAUUAAUAAAUCAAUAUAAAGAUUAUGGAUCUGUUGAAUGUAUUCAUAAUUCUAUUAAUCAAAAAGAAAAACUAGAAAUUGUUGCAUUGGAAUUGUUAAAUCAAGCUCGUCUAAUUCCAAAUUAUUCUUGUCAUAGACAUUUACAUAAUAGAAAUAAUUUAGGAAUAAAUGAAGUGAAUGAUAAAUCACAAUUAUCAUAUUAUAAAGAAUUGAAUGAUAAAUAUCAUUCAUUAUUACAAUCUAAUAUAAAAUAUGGAAAUUAUAAUUAUCCAUCUAUGAUUAAUCAAAAUAAUGAAUGUAUUAAUUUAAGUCAACAAGAUUUAAAUUGUACAAAAUUAUUAUCUUCAAUUAAUAUAAACAAUUUACAAUAUCAAAAUAAUAAACAAUCUUUCAAUGAUCAAUUGAAUUAUUCAAAACUAUUUGAAAAGAUUAAUAAAACUAUUAAAAAUGAUAAUAAUAUAGAUACUGAUCAAUCAAUUGAAAGUCGUAAUCAAAUAUGUAAUCAAAUUCUGAAUCAAGUUCGUCGUGAAAUGAUUCGACUUAUUGAUAAUAGUAUGCAUCAAUUAGAAAUAUAUUUACAAAAUUAUCAUUAUAAAGAUUGGUAUAAUUCAUCAACAAUAUUAAAUUAUUGUAAUUCAAUGAAAUCUGUACAAUUAGAUGGUGUACAAGAUUGUAAUGUGACACCACUUAAUUUAAAAUUUACAAAAAAUAAUAAUGAUAUAGGAUUGGAAAAUAUUAACAAUAAUCAAUCUAAUCAGAAUAAAUCAAAUGAAGUAGAGUUUAUUCCAAAUGAUAUUGUAUCAUCUGAACAAAAAUCUGCUAAUUCAAAGUGUACAAUCAUAACAUCAAAAGAAUCAUCCACUUAUUCAACAAGAAUAAAACCAUUACGUUAUACUACUACUACUACUACUAAUAAUAAUAAUAACAAUAAUAAUAAUAAUAAUAAAACACGUCGAUUAAGAAUUCAUCAAUUUAAUAGUCAAUUAUUUGUUGAUAGAAAUCAAACAAGAAAAUUAAAUAAAUUAUCACCAAGUUGUAAUAAACGUCGGUUAAAUAAUGAUAUAGAAGAAUUUCCAAAUAAAAUUCCUCAUUUAGAUGAAUCAUUAGAUUUAAGAAUGCAUCAAAAUGACCACGAAGACAAUAAUGAUAAUAAUAAAACAGAUCAAAUUAUUUCAUCACAUAAUCAUUCAAGUAAUUGUUCUCAGACACGUUUGAAAAGAUCAUUAAUUAAUAGUCAAACUAAAACAGCAACAUUGAGUGCAGCUCAUUUGAAAAAGGCUAAAAUGAUGUUCAUGUAUUCCCGUUACCCAACAUCAAGUCUAUUGAAGUCAUAUUUUCCAGAAGUUUGUUUUAAUCGUGGAUCUACUGCACAGUUGGUAAAAUGGUUUAGUAACUUCCGAGAGUUUUUUUACAUACAGAUCGAAAAAUUUGUUCGUCAACAAAAAGCAAACGGUUUAAAGAAAGCAGAUGAUAUUAGACUAUCACGUGAACAUGAAUUAAUACGUAGCAUGGAAAUACAUUUUAAUAAAGGUGACGAAAUUGAAACUCCGAAAGAAUUUCUUGAAGCUAUUCAAAUUACAGUAUGGGAAUUCGCUGAUGCAAUUUUAAAUGAACGUGAUGUUAAUUCAUCAUGGAAAAAAACUAUUUAUAAAAAGAUUUCUAUAUUAGAUAUACAAUUUCCAGAAUUUUUUAAAUGUUAA